AUGUGUAAUUUACGGGAGAACUUUUGGAUCAUAAAGGCCAGGAAAACUAUUAGGACAGUUGUACAGCGUUGUGUACCUUGCAAGAGAUUCACAUCUAAAGGAACUAAAGCAGAGUCCAUUGCUUUACCUGCAGAACGAGUUCAAGACGCUGCAACUUUCCAAGUGACAGGAGUGGAUCUUGCUGGCCCUUUGUAUCUUAAAGGUGGUCACAAAGCCUGGAUUGUCCUGCACACAUGUGCAGUCUAUAGAGCUAUACACCUCGAACUCACUACCUCAUUAUCCACCGAAGCUUUUCUUCAGUCUUUUAGACGUUUCAUAGCCAGAAGAGGUAGACCAAAGAUAGUGUACAGUGAUAAUGGGACUAAUUUCCUCGGUGCAAACAAUGCUUUAACAAACAUCGAUUGGGCACAGAUAGCUAAGUUUUCGGCUGUGCAGAAAAUUCAGUGGAAAUUUAACCCGCCAACCGCCGCAUGGUGGGGUGGUUGGUGGGAGAGAUUAAUUCAACUUGUCAAACGUAUCUUGAGAAAAGUAUUAGGUAGAGCAGUAUUGUCUUAUGAAGAGUUAGUCACAGUGCUAUGUGAUUGCGAACAAGUUAUUAACUCUAGACCUCUCACAUACGUCACAGAAGAUAUAGAUGACUUGUCUCCGUUAACUCCGUCCCAUUUCCUACAAGAAUUGAAGUCUGAUGUGACUGAUUUGGAUAACGUCGACCAAGUAGGAUUAAACAACAGACUGAAAUAUGUUCAUCAAGUGCGCGAACAUCUUCGAAAAANUUCACUUUUCGAAUGCCGUCCAAUUAAAAAUUGGAUUUACAUUUAG